AUGUCUAGUACACCUGUAGCUGAGUCGUCCUCUAUGUCCAGGUCAAGAACGUCGUCUUCAAGUUCAAUUCACCUUAAUGUAGAUUCAAAUGCUAAUAGUGAAGAAGAGUACGAACUACUCUUAAUCUUUCACCAGCAUUCCUUGGACAAUUUGGAUUCAGAAAGUAGUGACAACAAAGAAACCAUGGAAGCAAACACUAAAAAAACCUACAAAAAAAAACAAAAAUUAGUAAAAACUGUACAACAAGAGCUUUCACCACCUUCAUCAGAUUUUGAAGCUGUUCAUUCAUUCAAGACCACUGCGCCAUGUGUCUGUUCAGUUGCCAUUCCACCUUAA